UGUAUAAUUUUCCUCACGAGCCACGGAGAGUCAGUUAGUGAGAUGGGGGAUUUUGAAGGAGGGACAUACUGUGUUGUAGAAUGAUCGCCCCAUCCUUUGGCUCCGACAUAUUUAGAAGUGAGAUAGGAAUUAGAACAGAGAUGACUUGGCCUACCGGCGGAGGUCGCAGCGUAAAGACCGGAUUCGGCGCUACCGAAGGCUCUGACCGCGCUAUCCGCUCGGGAAUGUUUGGGCUUCAGGGGGACUUGUGAUGUUUGGGAGACAGCUAUCAAGGAAAAUUGGGGAGAUUUCCGUUUCUUCCGAUUUACUGUGUGUUGUUGUGUGGCAGAUCAUUGCGGCUUGGGGGAGCAUGCAUGGACCUUGGAGGUUGAUGAUGUGUUUUGGGGGGUUGAUGGUGGGUGUUAUUGGGGUCGUCGGAGGGGCACUCACUCCGGAGAGUCACUCCGGAUCGCAAUGGUGCCAGCGAGUAUGUUCUCUUCCAUAUCUCGAGUGUGAAUACCAAGUUAAUCUAUCGCAAAGCCGCAAUCUAUGCGGCCCGUCCAAGAAAAAGAGAGAGCAUAACAGACAGAUCUGAGAUCAAGCUUCUCACCAUCCGCUAGAGCCGUUCCGCGCAAGCCGUCGGCGGGUUGCGCCGGAGAGC